AUGGGAAAGAAGGAUAAUAUGGAAGGUGGGGGGUCCCUCUUUUCAGCCUAUCUGGCGGCUAUACCCGAGCCCAUCAGCGCUGCAGGAGAAGAAGACAAGUAUCUGCCAGAUUCGAUGAAAGCAUCAACGCUACUGGAGCAGAUUGGAGCAGAGCGUUCUUGGUCAUCAAGAGACAUUGAGAAGGAUGUUGACGUCCUGGAGCGAAACAGACUGUAUACAAUCAAGGAUCUCCGCGUGCUUUCCCUUCAGAGUUGGAAGGAGGUCGAGUUGCUUCCGCUAGUCAAGGAUUUGUUGCGACAGGCGGUCAAUCCGGCUAUCGAUUAUGGAAAGCAGAAGCGGGAUAAGAAGAAGGCAAAGAAUGAAAAGAAGCAGCGCAAGAAGAAGGAAAAGAAACUGAAGAAGGAAAAACUGAGCCUUAAGGGCAAGGAAGGCACCGAAAAGAAGGAUGUAGAGAGCAAGGGCGGGGAAGCACCAGCGACCGAGGAGGGUCUCGUCACCAUUCACAAAUCCUCAAAAGAAAACAAGGAGAAGGGUGAGGGAGACGAGGAGUCCUCAUCGUCUUCGUCCUCAUCCUCUUCAGACUCGGACUCGGACUCGGACUGGGAUUCCGACCCAGAGAUGAAGGCCAACACACCCAAAGUGCUAUCCAGCCAGCUUUCCUUUGCCAAGCCCUCUAGCAAAUCCUCCCUACUUCCUGGCCCUGGACGAAUCCAGCCCAUGGGGAACCGCAUUCGAGUCACAGCAACCAACGGAACCACCUAUGAGGUGGAUCGGUACUGUCCUCACAAGUACGUCGAUCUUGCCACAAAAGGAGUCGUAGUCGGCAACACUUUGUUUUGCAACAAGCACAAUUGGGCCUUUGCACUCGACAACAAAGGAUACUGUAGCAAGCACGGAAUGACAAUCAAUGCCUGUAAAGUCGAAUGGUAG